UUCGUCGCUUCGUUUCGUUGAGCAGCGCAGGCGUUGCCCUUUGAAUGUUUGUUUGUUUUUCGCCCUCCGACGCCACCCUUCAUGUAAAGAGUAAAUAGUAAAAAGAAAUUUAAAAAAAAAAAAAAAAAAGGAGAAUAAAUAAAAGGAAGCAGCGCGCGUCAUCAAGAACGAUGCCCAGGGAGGAGUAGCUAAUUAACGGAUCAUCGUACGUAUCAGGGAGAAGAGAGGAUUACACGGUUGCGCAGAGUGCGUGUGACACAAUUUUUCAAUUCGUCUUGAUCCGCGCCGUACGAAUCCCGUGCCGCCUCGAUCGAAGUGCGACGGGGUUGAGGACCCACCAGUUGGGCCGGUUUCAUAAAAACGAGCAAACAAUAGACAACAAUAUAGGAGAAGAGAUAAAGCAGAGAAAAGAAGUAGUAUUUGAAACUGCAGUGUGAAUGAACGUGGACAACCACUGAACAGAUAAGAUUAGUGAAGUACCAAUACAAGGUAACCAUGGAGGACGGCCAUUGCAAAACAGUGGAAGAGGUGGUAAAUUACUUUAAUGUAGAUCCUGAUAAAGGAUUGUCUGUCGAUCAGGUGAAGAGGAACCAGGAGAAGUAUGGUCUCAAUGAAUUGCCAGCCGAGGAGGGAAAAUCUAUAUGGCAACUCGUGUUGGAGCAAUUCGAUGACCUUUUAGUUAAGAUUCUUCUGUUAGCCGCUAUUAUUUCUUUUGUAUUAGCUUUAUUUGAAGAGCACGAGGAUGCAUUCACGGCGUUCGUCGAGCCCUUCGUCAUUUUGCUCAUUCUCAUCGCCAACGCCGUGGUCGGUGUUUGGCAAGAACGUAAUGCCGAGUCUGCGAUAGAAGCGUUGAAAGAGUACGAACCCGAAAUGGGUAAGGUUUUACGAUCGGACAAGGCCGGUGUUCAACGAAUUCGCGCCAAGGAGAUCGUACCCGGUGACAUAGUCGAGGUGUCCGUCGGUGACAAGAUCCCGGCCGAUAUUCGUCUCACCAAGAUCUUCUCCACCACCCUCAGGAUCGAUCAAUCUAUCCUGACCGGUGAAUCGGUCUCGGUGAUCAAGCAUACAGAUCCUGUUCCCGAUCCACGUGCCGUUAACCAGGAUAAGAAAAAUAUUUUAUUCUCUGGUACGAACGUCGCGGCGGGCAAAGCCCGUGGCGUGGUCAUUGGUACAGGCUUGAACACCGCCAUCGGUAAGAUCCGUACCGAGAUGUCCGAGACCGAGGAGAUCAAGACGCCUCUUCAACAGAAAUUGGACGAGUUCGGCGAGCAAUUGUCGAAAGUCAUCUCCGUCAUUUGCGUGGCUGUCUGGGCUAUCAACAUCGGUCACUUCAACGACCCCGCCCACGGUGGAUCCUGGAUCAAGGGUGCCAUUUACUAUUUCAAGAUCGCCGUUGCUCUUGCCGUAGCCGCCAUUCCCGAAGGUUUGCCGGCUGUGAUCACCACUUGUCUGGCUUUGGGAACUCGUCGUAUGGCCAAGAAAAAUGCAAUCGUGAGAUCGUUACCCUCCGUCGAGACUCUGGGUUGUACCUCUGUUAUCUGCUCGGAUAAGACUGGUACUUUGACCACCAACCAGAUGUCUGUUAGCCGUAUGUUCAUCUUCGACAAAGUCGAGGGCAACGACAGCAGCUUCCACGAGUUCGAGAUCACUGGAUCAACCUACGAGCCCAUCGGCGACCUCUACCUGAGAGGACAGAAGAUCCGGGGCCAGGAAUACGAGACUCUUCACGAGAUCAGCACAAUCUGCAUCAUGUGCAACGAUUCUGCUAUUGAUUUCAACGAAUUCAAACAAGCAUUCGAAAAGGUCGGCGAAGCAACGGAGACUGCUCUGAUCGUUCUCGCUGAGAAAAUCAAUCCGUUCGGAGUCCCUAAGAGCGGGCUGGACAGGCGUAACGGCGCCAUCGUCGUUAGACAGGACAUGGAGACGAAAUGGAAGAAAGAAUUCACUCUGGAAUUCUCCCGCGAUCGUAAAUCCAUGUCUUCUUACUGUGUUCCUCUGAAACCGUCGAAAUUGGGCAACGGACCGAAGCUGUUCGUCAAGGGUGCCCCAGAAGGUGUCUUGGACAGGUGCACGCAUGCUCGUGUCGGUUCUAACAAGGUUCCUCUCACCUCGACCCUGAAGAAUCGUAUCUUAGAUCUGACUCGUCAAUACGGAACGGGCAGGGACACUUUGCGUUGCCUUGCUCUCGCCACCGCUGAUCACCCGAUGAAACCUGACGACAUGGACCUUGGCGACUCCACCAAGUUCUACACAUACGAGAAGGAUCUUACGUUCAUUGGUGUCGUUGGUAUGCUCGACCCGCCUCGCAAGGAAGUAUUCGACUCGAUUGUGAGGUGUCGCGCCGCUGGUAUUCGCGUAAUCGUUAUCACUGGAGACAACAAGGCCACCGCUGAAGCUAUCUGCAGACGCAUCGGUGUGUUCACCGAGGAUGAGGACACCACUGGAAAAUCUUAUUCCGGACGCGAGUUCGACGAUCUUCCUGCGUCGGAACAGAAGGCGGCAUGCGCUAGAGCUCGCCUCUUCUCUCGUGUAGAACCUGCUCACAAAUCUAAGAUCGUUGAGUACUUGCAGAGCAUGAACGAAAUCUCGGCCAUGACCGGUGACGGUGUGAACGAUGCCCCUGCCUUGAAGAAAGCUGAGAUCGGUAUUGCUAUGGGAUCUGGAACUGCCGUAGCAAAGUCCGCCUCGGAGAUGGUGUUGGCAGACGACAACUUCUCUUCGAUCGUCGCUGCCGUUGAGGAAGGUCGUGCCAUUUACAACAACAUGAAACAGUUCAUCCGUUAUCUGAUUUCUUCCAACAUUGGUGAAGUCGUGAGUAUAUUCUUGACUGCCGCUCUUGGUCUUCCCGAAGCUCUGAUCCCUGUACAACUUCUCUGGGUCAAUUUGGUUACUGAUGGUCUUCCCGCCACUGCUCUUGGUUUCAAUCCCCCCGACUUGGACAUCAUGAGCAAGCCACCCCGUAAAGCCGACGAAUCUCUUAUUUCUGGCUGGUUGUUCUUCCGCUAUUUGGCUAUUGGUGGAUACGUAGGUGCUGCAACCGUUGGAUCAGCUGCAUGGUGGUUCUUGUACAGUCCGCAUGGUCCACAAAUGAACUACUACCAACUGACUCAUCACUUGGCGUGCUUGGGCGGUGGUGACGAAUUCAAGGGCGUUAACUGCAAGAUCUUCACGGAUCCUCAUCCCAUGACAAUGGCCCUGUCUGUACUUGUAACUAUUGAAAUGUUGAAUGCUAUGAACAGUUUAUCUGAAAAUCAGUCUCUCAUCACUAUGCCGCCGUGGUCUAACAUGUGGCUCAUUGCCUCUAUGGCUCUUUCUUUCACACUCCACUUUGUCAUCCUUUACGUCGACGUUCUUUCGUCCGUAUUCCAAGUUACCCCUCUAACGGUCGAGGAGUGGGUUACCGUUAUGAAGUUCUCCAUUCCAGUGGUACUUCUCGACGAAACCCUGAAGUUCAUUGCCAGAAAGUUCACAGAUGUGGCACCGCCUGUGGUGAUGACGAAAUAAAGAUCGAGAACGCGUCGGACGAAAUCGACAGCAGUCCGGGACACGAGAAAAAUCGUCGGAAUGGCGCUUAAACGACACCCAUCCGCAACAACUCGCAAGCUGAUCGACAGGAUCGAGCCGACAGAUAUCUUACGGACACUAUCGACACGUACAUAUACACACACAGAUCGGGGUGUACAAACUCAUUAAAAAAAAAAGAAAAAGAAAAAAAAAACACAUAAAAGAUAUUUUUAAAAGAAGAAAAAAAAUACACGGAAGAUGACAGUCCAGCUUGGGAUGUUCAGGCGAGAGCGUUCUGUCGAUGCAACAACCAAGUAGUUUUUUUUUUCCGGGAAAUAUAGUUUCAAUUUAGGAGUACAGACUUUUCAAACUCGAGAAUUUAGAGGGAGUCGAAGCGGCCAAUCAUGCAAAAUAAGAAAACAAAGAAAAUAAAUAAAAAAAAAAAUUUUAAAAAAACAUUUUAAAAACGUCUAAUCGGAGCAGCUGUUUCCGCGAGAGCAUCGUAGAGACGGGUUGAAAACUAAUCGGUGUGUCUGUGUUAUGUUGCAGUAAGCGAAACGGUCGUCGACAAGUGGGUCUAGGCUUGUCACGCGAUGUGCCACCGGCAACAAUUUCUCUGCCAAGCACAAACAAUGAACGAAAGAAAAAAAGAAAGAAUGUCAGGAAAAUAGUGUGAAAAAUGAAAAAAAAAAAAGAAAGAAAAAGAAAAAUGAAACAGAAGCUCAGCCAAGCAAAAAGACAGAGACGGACAGAGGCGGGACUUGACUCGCGCGAUUGCUGCGAAAUAACGGCCCUGCUGCGAUAUCAUUUAGCGAACCAAAAAAAAAAAUUCAAAACAAAUUAUAAUAAAAGAAAAUACUCGAUAACUCAUUGAUCGACACGUCGAUGAGAUGCUCAUGGGUGACCAUAGGUCACUCUUUUCCCUGGCUAGCUAACGCACCCCCCACUCGCUGCACACCGCUCGCCGACGAUGCUUCUCGUUCACGAAUCACACCACCUUCGUCUAAGUAUUCCGUUGUCGGUGAUACGAAGAAAAAGAGUGUGUACAAUUUUGUAGAACAGAGUGGUCCGUUAAUGAAAUCCUCCGUUAGAGGAUAGCACCCUUAAGAUCGAUACGCGACGACGAUCGGUAGAAGCUUUUAUUUCCCAUUAUCUUUUUAAUCAAUUUAUAAUUACUCUUUGCUUCUAAUACAUUCUUCUUUUCUUUUGCCCCUGUCUGGCUCAAUAUUCCAAACGAAAGUUGUUCUUCAAUUCGAUACUUCUAUUUUCUUCUUCCAUUGAAACGUAACUUCUCGCUAAAUACGCGUAACGCUUCCCUCGACACCUCGCGUCUUCCACGAGGAGGAUCUACCCCUCAAACUUUACUCAGGAUCCCUCAAUCUAGCCUGUUGAUUGGCUGGAGAGAAAGGAACACGGUGUCGAACGUGUUCGAUGGACACUGUCGUGGAAAUCAACCACUUUAUCUAACUCGAUCUUCUCGUACCGUCGUCGAUCGCGUUUUUUUCGUUCAUCCAUUCAGACGGAAACUUCUUCGGGAAGAUUCCAGGCCACGGAGAACACCGGACAGAAGCUCGUUAACUUAUCCGAUGACGACGAUGCAGGACGACGAAACUGGACGGUUAAGCGGAGAGCAGCGCGGACCUCAAAGAAGAGCGUACUCCCUUUGUCGUUGGAUCGAGUGGUACACUUUAGGACGAUUUAAAUAAACAAAGAAAAAUAAAAUUCAUAUAUUAUACGAACUGUAUGAUUGAUCGGUGACGUAACUUUCAAACGGAGGCUUCCGUCGUCAAACACGAUCGUUUAAACGAAGGUGAUAGUCGGCGAAAAGGAUCCAUCCUAUGAUCGCGGAAGCCUCCUCGAUGCUCACGAAACUUACGCCACUUGAGUAAUCGAUCGAAGCUCGCGAGAUUUCAAAUACCAUUGUACAUAAGAAUUUUAUCGUUACACGCGCGAUGUUUAAAGAGAUUAUUGAUUAAUGUUAAGAGACAUUAAAUAUAUACAUAUAUACAUACAUAUAUUUUUUUUUCUCGUAAAGAAAGCGCACAGAGAUACAUAAGAAGACGCGUCUUCGAGCGAGAACGAUUCGACACGUGUCUGGAAUUUCGAAGAACCGUUUUAUUUUCUCCUCCCGACCUUAUCGCUUUUCUUAUCCCGAUGAUCCGAAUGUUUCCCUUUGUCCGUCCCCCUCUCCCCCGACAUUGGGAAAAUUAUUCUUCGAGCAACAAUGAGAGAUCCGGCAGAAACUGGAUGUUAAUUAAUUUUGUUUGUAAAAGUGAAACGAAACGUUUGAUUUAUUCGUUGGAAAUUUGUGUAACUUUCCUUUCUUUUUUGAUAACUUUGCAAUCAAUGGAAACGAUUAAACGCUUGUAUCAAAUGUGAGGAUUAUUUAAAUGUUUGUAGAAAGCAAGUGUUGUUUGAAUCUUUUGUCCGAUUACUUAGAAUGGUAUCAAAUCUAGGAUCUAUUUUUAUAAAAUGAACAAGUCUGUUUUAAUCCUCGUAACAAUAAAUACAGCAGGAAACACGAGUUCUGUAUUGUGGAUAUUACUUUUGACAUUAAAGGUUCUAUAUUAAUGGAUUGUAAUAAUGUGAAAGUGAAUAGUCGUUGUAAAAUAGGUAUUAAAUGAACAAUUUCACCGUUGAACCUUAUCCAAUUAUCCCAUAUAAUUUGUAUUAAUAUCAAUUUAUCACUGAGAAUUACUUUUCUGUUCAGAUCAGAUGAUACAAUUUUGAACACUUACCUGAAUUCUUAAAAGAAAUAUUUUUAAUGCCCCGUAAAAAAUUAUCCAAGGCAUUUCAAUGAUCUCAGAUCAUUCUCGCUCGAAUCGUCCGCGUUGAAAUACGCGUCUGAUAAUUUUCUUCUGAAAAUGGCGAGAGACCUGAUUAUUUUUAAUGUAAGUACACGAACAGCUCUGUACGAAUAAAGGUU